AUGAGUGUGUCCGCGCGUGAACUCUGCCCGAAGCCUGGAGUUCCUCUACCCAUCGUACUGCUAUUACCGACUAUCAUCCUCGUUGGUUUUCUAUUGUGUUGGUGUUACUGGUGCUAUCGAAGAGAAGUACCACCACAAGGGCCUGUGAUGCUUAUGACACCUAUCAUGACACCUACUGCCCCAUUACAACCAUCUCCUGUUAUUCAUCCGAGCUACGCUCCCAGUAUUCCCUCGGCAUCGCAUCAUGAUACAAAAUCAGAGAGCAGGAGAAGCCGGGAAUACCUAUCCGCUCACGCACAUCGGUCAUCAGAUGAAGCCACUGAUAUGUCGUUCAAGUGAAAAUCGUCACUAUAUGCUAUAUGAAAACUACUUUCGAGCUUAUCAACCAUAUUUAAAAAAUCUUUUUAAUCAUGUCUGUAAUGCCAGUCUU